AGAUUUGGAUUAAGUGAAUAAAUUGAGAAUAACCCAACAGUUAAAAAAAACCUCUGAGAGAAUAGAAAAGGCAAAGUGAUUCUUCUUCCUAGAAUCCUAGUCUAUAUAAGUUCAAUAAGGUGUUCAACGCACGAAUAAUUCUUGACAGAACCAGAAUAACAUCUUGUCCACCCAAAAUCGAAAACUAAUAAUGGAAGAGAACAAAGCUACAGAGGCCAAUGGCGAUUGUUUUGAUUUCAUCUCGCGCCUCAGUGGCACAGGGCGGGACUUCCUUGUUCGAAAUACUGGUGAAAAAGUCAAAAUCAACACAUUGAAGGGGAAGAAGCUUGGGUUAUAUUUUUCGGGAUCAUGGUGCCGCCCAUGUCAACAAUUUACCCCAAACUUAGUAGAGGUGUACAAUGAACUAUCCUCAAUACGUGAUUUUGAGAUCAUUCUUGUCUCAGCUGAUAUAUAUAUUGAGGCAUUCGAUAGGUAUUUUGCCAAGAUGCCGUGGCUGGCGAUCCCAUUUCCUGAUUCAGAGUGUCUAAAAAACUUGCAAGAAUUGUUUGCUGUCAUUGACAAGGGGAUACCCUAUCUUGUAAUACUUGAUGAGAAGGGGAAGGUUUUGACUGACAAUGGAGUUGAGAUUAUACUAGAUUUUGGCGCAGAAGGGUAUCCUUUUACUCUAGAAAGGAUCAAAGAAAUGAAAGAAAAGGAAGAAGAAGCUAAGAAGAAUCAAUCCUUGAAAUAUCUCUUGGUCACGCCCUCACGCGAUUUUGUAAUUUCAAAUGAUGAAAGGAAGGUACCCAUUUCUGAACUUGAAGGGAAAAUGGUGGGCUUGUAUUUCUUUUAUCCUUCAAACCGUUGGUGCUCCAAGUUUACUCCAAAACUCAUGGAAGUCUAUAAUAAAGUGAAGGAUAUAGGGGAAAGGUUUGAAAUUGUGAUGUUAUGUGUCGAUGAUGAUGAUGAAUUAUUCAGGGAAAGCCUCAGGAGUACACCUUGGUUCGCUCUGCCUUUCACUGAUAAUAGAUGGCAGAAGCUGGUACGCUAUUUUGAGCUCCAAUCGGUACCGUCCUUGGUUAUUAUCAAACCAGACGGAAAUACACUUAGUUCUAAUGCUGUGGAAGCCAUUGAGGAUUAUGGGAUUCGGGCAUAUCCUUUUACACCAGAAAAACUUGCAGAGUUGGCAGAGAUUGAGAAGGUAGAGGUGCAGAAGGCGGGGUGGCCUCAGAAGGUAAAGCAUGCAUUACAUAAUGAGCAUGAACUAGUGCUCACUUGGCGUCGGAGUUUUAUAUGCGCUGAGUGCAAGGAAGAGGGUCGUAAAUGGUCAUUCCGCUGCGAAGAGUGUGACUUGGAUCUCCAUCCAAAAUGUGCCCUGAAAGAAGACAAUAGCACACCGAUGGACACGCAACAAGAGAAGGAAUUUGAAGAAGAAACAGAAGAGGAAGAAGAAGAACCAGCUACAGAGGAACAGUCCUUGAGAUCUAUCUUGGUCACACCUUUGCGCGAUUUUGUACUUACAAACGAUGAAAAUAAGGUACCUGUUUCCGACCUUGAAGGGAAAAUGGUGGGUUUGUAUUUCUAUCAUCCUUCACAUGAUCCAUGCCUUGAGUUUAAUCCAAAACUUAUGGAAGCUUAUAAUAAACUGAAGGAGAUGGGAGAGCGCUUUGAAAUUGUGAUGGUAUGCCUUGAAGAUAAGGAUAAAGAAUCGUUCAAUUUAAGCCUUCGCACCAUGCCUUGGUUCGCUUUGCCUUUUAAUGACAAUAGCUUUUUGAAGCUGGUUCUCCAAUUUCAUAUCAAGUCGUUACCCACUUUGGUUAUUAUUGGACCGGAUGGGAAAACACUUCACUCCAAUGUUGCUGAAGCCAUUCAAGAAUACGGGAUUCAGGCAUACCCUUUCACACCAGAAAAGUUUGCAGAGUUGGAAGAGAUAGAGAAGGCGAAAAAUGCAGCACAAACUCUGGAGUCAAUUUUGGUUUCAGAAAAUCGUGAUUUUGUGAUUGCGAAAGAUGGAACCAAGGUUCCAGUUUCUGAUCUUGUAGGGAAGAACAUCUUCCUUUACUUCUCGGCUCAUUGGUGCCCCGGAUGUCGUAAUUUUCUACCAAAGAUCAUUGAAGCGUACCAGGAGAUCAAGGCAAAGGAUAAUUUAUUUGAAGUGAUUUUCAUCUCUUAUGACCGGGACGAGGCAUCCUUUCAAGCAUUCUUUUCAAGAAUGUCAUGGUUGGCCAUCCCUUUUGGCGAUAAGAGGAGAGAGUCUUUGACUCGCAAAUUCAAAGUUUCUGGCAUCCCCACGGUUGUAGCUAUUGGACGGACAGGCAAGACUGUUGCAACAGAAGUUACUGACCUUAUAGAGGCUUAUGGAGGCCAUGCUUAUUCCUUAAUUUUUCAGGAUGAGAAUAAGGAUGAGGAAGAUGUUGAGGAGUCAGUACAAAAGGAUGAGAAAGAGCUCGAGAAAAAGGUGAAUGAGGAUGAGAAGGGGCUUGAGAAGACAGUGAACGAGGAAGGAACUAUGAUGAACACACUCCUGAGGAAGUUUCUCUCCCUUAUACAGACCAUAGUUGAAUUUUUUCAGAAGUUAUGGUUUUUUUCUUGAAAUAGUUUUUAAUGGCCAUGCUAUUGUUGGCUUGUAAAAGCACUGUAAAGUAAAAAAUAUUGUACAUUCUUGGACGUCUAUAUUUAUGUUUAUAGUGUUUCAAAACACUCUCUGUUCCACAUCAUUUUCUCAAAGUCUUCAUAUGAUUAUGUAUAGAAAAUGCUCCAUAAACUAUUUAACACGAAAUUGGGCUUUAGACUA